ACUGGGCUGUUCCCCGCUGUUCCGUCAUUCCAGUUGGUGCGUUUUUCAACCAGCGUGCUGCGCUGCAAGGCAACUUGAUCACUUGUCAAUUCUCCACGGAGCUCUCCAACUGCCAAAGAAUCCAACCGUCCAAAUGAGAAUCGCUACUCUCCUCGGUGUCGUCGCCGUUUUCCUUGCCGCAACGGAGGCCCAGAAAACGAAGGAGACGAAGGACGGGACACCGGCACCGACGCCGCUGGCGACAAUGCCGGAGGCUCAACUGGACCCCACGAUACAAGAUACCACGCAAGAGGCUGCAACGCCAUCGACGGAUAAGAAGUCGGCCUCCAAAGAGCCUACGAUCGCAUACGACCAGGUGGAGCCGUUCGAGAUGGCGCAGCCUUCCGAUGCUACGGUGACUGAAAAGGCUGCCAUCAAGUUCAGACCCAAGCUUCACGUCGUCAACGGGUGCCACCCGUACCCUGCCGUGAACGCUGCCGGUCAAGUCAGCAAGGGACUGCAGAAGGCCGAUGCCACGGACGCCGAAUGCAGUGGAUCGAAGUUGGGCACGCAGGUCUAUGGUCGUUCUGCCUGGUUCGGCAGGGUCUGGGCUAUCAUGUAUGCCUGGUACUUCCCCGAUGUCUCACCAGACUGGGAGCACGUCAUCGUGUGGACUAACAACCCAAAUGUCACGAACCAAGUCAUCUUGGCUGUCACCACGUCGGAUUCGACCGGCAAAUACUCCUCUCAAGUGCCUCCUGACGCCAGCAUGAUAAGCGGCAAGAGCGUCAAGAUCGCCUACAACAACAACGCGUUGGAGAGCACGACCAAGGAAGGUGGCGCCCAAAACCUCGUGUUGUGGCACCAACUGACCCCCGAAGCCCAGGAGGCGCUCAACGACGACCAAAGCUUCGGAGGCGUACAGGUCCCUGUGAACGACGAUUACUUCUUGCUCAACCUUGGUAAAGCCUGGCCCUUCGAGUAAACGACAUCAAAACGUAAUCACACAAGGUACUCGUUGCCAAAAGGCCCGUUUUCAACCGAGACGCAUGCAACGCAUGCGUACCUUAAACAUCGAAACAUCGCAAUUCAAAAUACUUGACUAUCAUUGGCAGAAUAAUAGCCAGUCAUGUUGUGUUCAAGUAGUUCUAGC